AUGGCAACAUCUAGUCAACGUACGAAUCGAUUAAUAUCACCCAGAAAAAAAUAUUCACCCCCUAAACCACUCGGACCGUCACUAAAAGAUCUCGGUAAAUUAUUACCCCGAAGAUAUGAAGAAACAAAGACCGUCAAUAUUCAAGCCUUGUCGCAUAAAUCUAUAUUAGAUAUAGGCAAAAGCAUAGAAGAACAUACAAAAGAAAAAAAUCAUCGCUUAGUUAAAGAGACAGUUGAUAGUACCGAGCAGAAAGUAUGGAAAAAAGCAAACGAAAUAAAACGACAAGAAUUACAGGAGGUGUUGGAAGCCGCGGCUUUAGAAAAAGAGCGUGCUCUCGCUACAGCAAAAGAGUCUGAAAAGAGAGCGUUAGCGCGUGAAACGCAAAAAAUCAAGGAUGAAAUGCAAGAAUCAAUGUAUAAUCGAUUGGAACAGCAAAGAAUACAGGCAGAAGCUAGGUUAAAAAUGGAGAUUAUGUCAACAUUAAAGAACGAAGAACAACUUAGAAAGCAAGCUUUUAAUGAAGGUAGAAUUUUUGAAAGAGCAUUAGCUGAGAAAGAAGCUCGAGAAACUUCUCGACAAUAUGAACAAAGGAGACAGGCUGAUGUCAGAAAGUAUACAAAAGCUAAAUUUGAAGCUAUGCAAAAUUUAGCCACAAAAAUGAAUAAAGAAAAAGAAGAAGCUUUGGUUAAACUCAGACAAGGUUUCAUUGUUGAAAUUGAAGACAAGAUUAGCACAGUUAAUAAGGAACACCAAGAGGAAAUAGGUAAACUUGAAAGGGUUAUCGAUGCUUAUAAAAGCAGGUGUUCAGAGUUAAGGCAACAAUUACGCCAUCAUUAUACAUUAAAAAUAUUGAGUGAUAAAAAGCUAGAAGAUGUUAUCAAAGAAUUUCAACAGUUUAUAGAAAUGCAACCGACAUUUCAGAAAGGACAAGCUGAAUACUUGAUUAAAAUUUUAUAA